GAUGGAACGGUCGAGAUGGGAGAGUUGGAGGAGAAUUCGGAUCCUGACCCAAUUUGGAAUAAACCUUUUGCGGUCCUCUCAUUUCCCCAAGACACGAUCAGACGGCUGGAAAGUACCGAUCGCUACAGUCCGCCCUUCCACACUCCCGCCUCUAUUUUACCCGCUCACAUCUGCGUCUGUAGCCAUAAUCCUCCAAAUUUGCCCGAAGAAUUAGCUGAAGGAGGAGGACAGAGGACGGGAGCGAUGGAAGUGGAGAUGAGGAUGGAGGACACGGGAGAGGGCGGCGGGAGGAGGAGGGUUACGACGAAGGCGGAGGAGGAGGAAGCGGUGGGAUUGACAGAGGCGCCGUCGAUCGAGAGCGAGUUCGACGGGGAGCGGGUGCCGCCUUGGCGGGAGCAGUUGACGGCGCGGGCCUUCGCGGUGAGCCUGGUGUUGGGGGCGAUGUUCAGCGUGAUCGUGAUGAAGCUUAACCUCACCACCGGUGUCAUCCCCUCCCUCAACGUCUCCGCCGGCCUGCUCGGCUUUUUCUUCGUCAGGACCUGGACGGUGGCGCUCGGCAGGGCGGGUUUCCUCCGCCAGCCCUUCACCCGCCAGGAGAACACCGUCAUCCAGACCUGCGUCGUCGCCACCUCCGGCAUCGCCUUCAGCGGGGGCUUUGGAAGUUACCUCUUUGCCAUGAGUGAAACCAUUGCCAAGCAAUCAACAGAAGCUAAUGAUUCACAGAACAUAAAGAAUCCCAAACUGGGAUGGAUGAUUGGAUUCCUCUUUGUUGUUAGCUUCCUAGGGUUGUUCUCCCUUGUUGCCUUGAGAAAGAUAAUGAUCGUCGACUACAAGUUGAUCUAUCCAAGCGGCACUGCAACAGCACACCUUAUCAACAGCUUCCACACUCCUCAGGGAGCCAAGCUAGCAAAGAAGCAGGUGAGAACAUUGGGCAAGUUCUUCACGUUCAGCUUCCUCUGGGGAUUCUUCCAGUGGUUUUACACUGCUGGUGAUGACUGUGGAUUUGCUGCCUUCCCUACAUUAGGCCUCCAGGCCUACCAAAACAAGUUCUACUUUGAUUUUUCAGCUACAUAUGUUGGGGUUGGGAUGAUUUGUCCCUAUCUCGUAAACAUAUCUGUGCUCUUGGGAGGCAUCCUCUCAUGGGGAAUCAUGUGGCCUCUGAUAGGUGCUAAGAAAGGCGACUGGUACUCGGCAGAUCUCCCUUCAACCAGUCUUCAAGGGUUGCAAGGAUACCGGGUGUUCAUAGCCAUUGCCCUGAUCCUGGGAGACGGCCUCUACAACUUCUUCAAGGUCUUGAGCAAGACUGUGGCUGCCUUCGUGACUCAAAUCAGGAGCAAGUCGUCUGCGACUCCGCUGCCCUUCUCUGAUGACACGUCCGCCGUCACCUUCGAUGACCAGCGUCGCGUCCAACUCUUUCUCAAGGACCAAAUCCCCAAACCAAUUGCCUACGGAGGUUAUCUUGUCGUUGCUGCCGUAUCUACUGCUACGCUUCCCCACAUCAUUCCGCAGCUGCGGUGGUACUACGUGCUGGUGGCCUACGUGUUCGCGCCGGUGCUGGCGUUCUGCAACGCCUACGGCGCUGGCCUUACCGACUGGUCUCUUGCUUCGACCUACGGCAAGCUAGCCAUCUUCACCAUCGGCGCGUGGGCUGGGGCCUCCCGCGGUGGCGUUCUCGCGGGCCUCGCUGCUUGCGGUGUCAUGAUGAGCAUCGUGUCCACCGCUUCGGACCUGAUGCAGGACUUCAAGACCGGGUACUUGACUCUGGCCUCGCCGAGGUCCAUGUUCGUCAGCCAGGUGAUCGGCACUGCCAUGGGAUGCGUCAUUGCUCCGUCCGUCUUCUGGUUGUUCUUGAAGGCUUUCGAAGACAUCGGCGUCCCGGGAACAGAGUACCCAUCGCCCAAUGCUCUCGUCUACCGCAACAUGGCGAUACUCGGGGUGGAGGGCUUCUCGUCGCUGCCGAAGCACUGCCUCGUCCUCUGCUACGUGUUCUUCCUCGCCGCCGUCCUCGUCAACGCAUCGAGGGACGUCGUGGGGAAGAAGGCGGCGAGGUUCAUACCGCUGCCGAUGGCCAUCGCGAUACCGUUCUACUUGGGGUCUGCCUUUGCCAUCGACAUGUGUGUAGGCAGCUUGAUGUUGUUCAUCUGGGAGAGGACGGACAAGGCGAAGGCGGAAGCGUUCGGGCCGGCGGUGGCCUCGGGGUUGAUCUGCGGCGACGGGAUAUGGACUCUUCCGCAGUCGGUGCUCGCGCUGGCCAAGGUGAAGCCGCCCAUAUGCAUGAAGUUUUUGUCGAGGAGCAUGAACGAGAAGGUGGAUGCGUUCAUCGCAUCCGUGUCUUAG